CACAGCGAGCUGCAGUCAUGCUGCUGAAGCUGCUGCUCAUAGUGUUGAGCUCUCACUGCGUCUGGACCAGAAAGUCUGAACCGUCGCUCGAUGAGGCGGACGCGGGACUUUUCAGGGGAUCCGACAAAUACGACUUUGCCGUGGAGGUUCCUGCUGCAGGGAUGGAGUGUUUCUGGCACUUUGCCCACCAGAGUGGAAGCUUCUACCUGACGUACAUGGUUCAGUGGGUAACAGGGAUGGCCAACGAUCACCGGCUGUUUGUGACGGUCAACUCUCCGCAGGGAGAACUCGUGGCUUCAAAGAACGACGCCGUCGGUCAAAUGAACUUCCAGACCGAGGUGACAGGUUUUUACCGGAUGUGUCUUGGGAACCACAACCAGUUCGGAGGCAUCAGGGUCUUUGUGAACUUCGGCGUCAUCUACGAAGGCUUCGAGGAGUCAAAGACAGAGAUGGAGGAAGGAGAGAAAGUCCUCAACAGCACGUUGGCCGGUAUUGAGGAGAGUGUGCAGAAGCUCCAGAAUCAAAUCUUUCACAUGUGGCGUCAUUACAACUUUGCCCGCAUGAGGAAAGGGAAGGGCCACUACCUCCUCCUGUCCAACUUCAACUACAUCACCUGGUGGUCGGCGACCCAAACCCUCGUCAUCCUCCUGUCCGGAUACCUGCAGCUCCUCGUCCUCAAAAGACUCUUCCGCACGGACUCCAGCAGGCCGCGAUGCUGAGAGCAGAACGUCCAAACAUCUUCUACCAUCGCUGAGUCAAACCCUUCAUUUGAUACAUGUUUGGAUCCCGCACACUAUCUGAAGCUAGAGACCGAAACACUUUACUGAGACAUUUAUGCCCCGUUUCCACUGCAUGGUGCGGCUCGACUCGACUCAACUCGCUCUUUUUUGGUUUUCCGUAAGAAAAAGCCUUGUAUAGCACCUGGUACUUUUUUUAGUAGCAUCUCAGCCGAGGUUCCAAGCGAGCUAAGCUAAUACUAGACGGUGACGUUAAAACACUGCAGACCCGUGAUUGGUCAGAGAGAAUCGUCACCUGCGCGUCAUCUUGCACAAACCCAGUGUGUCACAGUCUGCUCCAGUACUUCUUACCUCAGCCCAGUACUUUUCCACACCCCGCCUCCUUCUCACCUCACCAGCCAGCCACUCCCAGCUCAUUACCUCACCUUGGGCUCAGGCUGCUGCCAAUUAAUCAAGCCCUUAUUUAAGCCUCUCCCAAUCAUUGUUGUGACACAGUGUGUAUAAAUAGAAAACUACCGUCAACAACAAAUGUAAUUUUUCAACCCAGAUUUGUUUUUAAAUGCCAGCUGACAUAACUAUGCUGUACACCACGCCUUACAUUUGACGAAAUGCAGACGCUCCUCCUUUUCACAGCAGUUCAAAGCAGCGUUGCUAUGGCUAACAACUGGUCACUCCGCCUACACCAAGAAGCGAGAAUCAGUGGAAAACAAAGCACCUGGUACCAAAACUGAAUCCAGCCGAGUGGAGUCGCACCAUGCCGUGGAAACGUGGCUUUAGUUCCUAAAACUACUUUCUUAUUGUCUCCAGUUCAGUUCAUAUCUUUCAGAUUUGUCAAAGCUUUUUUAUGUGCCAACUUUUAAAUAAUGUGUUUAUGACGCCAAUCAUAGAAUAAAAUUCUCUACUCCA